AUGGAUUUCAUAACAAGUAUACCUCGUUUAUCUAGGAGGCAUGAAUCGAUUUGGGUGAUUGUGGAAAGACUUAAGAAGUCAGCGCAUAUUUUGCUAGUUAAGACAAUAGAUUCAGCGAAGGACUAUGCCAAGUUGUAUAUUCGUGAUAUUGCUAGACUUCAUGGGACUCCAGUAUCAAUUAUUUCAGAUCGUGGUUCCCAUUACCAUGCUAGUAUUAGGAUGGCGCCGUUUGAAACUCUUUAUAGGCGAAGUUGUAGAUCACCUAUUAGGUGGUUUGAGAGUCGCCAGAAGUUUUACAAAGAUGUGAGACGAAAGGAUUUAGAGUUUCAAGUUAAUGACUGGGUGUUUCUUAAAGUUUUGUCUAUGAAGGGAGUUAUGAGGUUUGGCAAGAAGGAAAAGCUUACUUCCCGCUAUAUUGGACCAUACAGAAUCCUGCGAAGGGUUGGUAAAGUGGCUUACGAGCUUGAGUUUCCACAAGACUUGAUUGAUGUGCAUCAAGUGUUUCAUGUGUCCAUGUUGAGAAAGUGUGUGGGAGACCCGUCGUCGGUUGUCCCAACUGAUAUCAUAAUGGUCAAUGAUAGUUUUACUUAUGAAGAAGUUCCAAUGGAGAUCCUUGAUCAUCAGGUUCGCAAGUUAAGAAUGAAAGAAGUGGCCUCAGUGAAAGUCCUUUGGAGGUGUCAAAAAGCCGAGGAGGCUACGUGGGAAGCCGAAGAAGACAUGAAGUCCAGACAUCCCCAUCUCUUUGAAUAG